AUGGCAAAAACCAACGGCGUGGCCUCCAAGGCUUCGGCCGGCGAAGUUCAGGUACAGAAAAGCCCGGCCGAGUUUUUUGCCGAGAAUCAGGCCAUUGCUGGCUUUGACAAUUUGGGAAAAUCUUUGUACACGAGCUUACGCGAGCUCGUCGAGAACAGUCUGGAUGCGUGUGAAAGCAUCCAUGAAUUACCCGAGAUCUCGAUAGAAAUCAAAGAAUACACGCAGGAAGAGUUUAACGCACUAGAUGUUAUGAAGACCAGUCCACGCAAAAAACGAGAUAUGCAGCUCUUUGAAACGAAGAAAAAGGAUAAGAAACCUCCGAAAGAGGCAACCGAUGUCGACGAAAUCACCACCGUCGAAAAUUCAGGGAAAAAACGUAAGAAAGCGCCACAAGACGCCUAUUUCAAGCUCACCGUCAAAGACAAUGGUUGCGGUAUGUCCCACUCGGCUAUUCCAAACCUAUUGGGUCGAGUCCUCAGUGGAAGCAAAUACGGUGUGCGGCAGACUCGGGGAAAGUUUGGGCUAGGGGCAAAAAUGGCCUUGAUCUGGGCCAAAAAGAGUACGGGACAACCUAUUCGGAUCAUGACGUCGCAUCGGCCAGAUGGGGGCGUCGCACCAGAACGAGCGUCCGCAUGUGUGCUCGAUAUCGACAUAUAUAAGAACGCUCCCCGAAUUUUAGAACACACAACUCGCAAAAAUACGGACGGCUGGAUGGGUACUGAAAUGUCCGUGCUGAUUGCGGGAAAUUGGACAACCUACAAGUCUCGAAUUGUCCAAUAUCUGCAGCAGCUUGCUAUCAUAACUCCCUACGCCGUGUUGGAGCUUGCCUACAUCAAUAUCUCUGAUUCAAAACGCAAUCUACAUGUGCGGUACGACCGCCGUUCAGACCAAAUGCCACCACCGGCAAAAACUAUCAAACAUCAUCCCGCAUCGGUCAACAAUCUAGUCAUUCAACAACUCAUACAAUUCACCAAAACAAGAACCCUUUUUAAAUUUCUGUCCACCGAACUGUCGACCGUCAGUCCACCGUUGGCCCGUCGACUAGUUACCGAGCUCGGCUUUGACGAAAGCAUGCCUCCUUCGUCGCUUGAAGACAAAGAAAUUACUCGGCUUGUUCAGCUACUUCGCCAAGUCCAGCUCUUCAAAGCUCCUGAUGGGUCCUGUCUAAGUCCACUUGGUGAAUAUAAUCUGAAUCUCGGCAUUCGCAAGGUUCUGGAACCUGAUCUGAUUGCCACUUCCCGUGAUAAGCCAGGGGCCUACGAAGGCCACCCUUUUCUGGUAGAAGCAGCAGUUUCCUUAGGUGGAAAAGAGGUCAAGGAAGGGAUUACGGUGAUUCGAUUCGCGAACAGGAUACCGUUGCUCUUUGAAGGAGGAGCCGAUGUUGCAACUAGGGUUGCGAAUACCAAAAUCCGAUGGUCCAACUACAAGAUGGAUUACAAACGCGAUCGGAUUGGCGUUUUUGUGUCCAUUGUAUCAACCAAAGUUCCCUUCAAGGGAACUUCAAAGGAAUACAUCGGUGAUGACGCGACGGAAAUUCAACAAUCAGUGAAGCGCGCGUUACAAUCCUGUUGUCAACAAUUACGAGGUUACUUGGCAAAGCGAUCCGCGUUGAAAGAUGCACAGACACGGAAAUCUCGAAUGGCUAAAUACGUUCCUGAUGUGGGACGAUCCUUGUUCGGUAUCCUAGAUAGCAUGCGAGCGCGCCAGGCGGAACUUUCGCUGCCAGAAGCACCGCCUAGCCAAUCCCCAACUAAGCGCUUGCGCUUGGAUCGGAGCGCGGCUCAGCUAAUGAUCGAAAGGCUGAAUAGAGGGGAGGUGACGGAGCAAUCACUGGCAGCAAAACUGACGGAAAGCAUUGAUGAUCAACUAAAUGUUCAAGAGGAAGGAACUGACGAUAAAGGAAGCGCGCCAACACAGGAAGCUCAACCCCUCUACUUGGUGCCGUUGUACAAUCUCGACGAUGAUUCCAACGACAUUUCACAUCCCCUGUUUACAUUCCGGCCCAUAAUGCCGAUUCUGCGAAUGCCUGCAAUGCAAGUUCAAGAAUAA